CUAGGACAACAAAUCUAGCUUCCACAGCUGCAACAACUAUGACAACUGCACCAACUCCAUCAAAUACUAUAACUAUGACAAGAACUGUAUCAACCACAUCUGUACCCACAUCCACAGCCAUUGACACUACAACUACUGGCCUAUCUACAACACUGGAAGGAACAACUACUGCUAUAAGCAGUACAGCAACAGCAACAGAAACAAAAAGCACAACAUUAGCUGGGACAACAAAUCUUGUUUCCACUACCACAGCUGCAACAACUAUGACAACUCCCUCAACUACAACAAAUUCUAUAACUACCAUAAAAACCAUAUCACCCACAUCUGUACCCACAUCCACAGCCAUUGACACAACUACUGCUGAAACCACUACAACUACUGGGCUAUCUACAACACCGGAGGGAACAACAACUGCUGUAAGUACUACAGGAGCACAAUCAACAAGCAGAACUUUACCUGGGACAACAUAUCCUGCCACUACUACAACAGUUGCAAGAACAAUGACAUCUCCACAUCCUACAACUGAUUCUGGAACCACAACAAGAGCAGCAUCAACCACAUUUGUGCCCACCACUAGAGUAUCAUCGACAACAACUGCUUUUAGCACAACUACAACUGAACCGACUACAAGUCCUACCCAAACUAACACAGGUGAAACAACAGCAGCUUCUGCUAGUAGUACAGGAACUGCAAUAACAACAACGAAAUCAUCUGGGACAACGAAUCCUGCAUCCAGUACAACAGAUAGAACAAGCCCACUUGCCCCGCAUACAACAGUAUCUGAAACUCCGACAACAAUUGUGCCAUCCACGUCUGUCGCCACUACAACGACAUCUUACAGAAGCACAACCAUUGGGACAAUGACUGCUGAAACAACCACAACUCCUGCGCCAACCUCAACAUCUGAACUACCUACUACUGCUAUAAGCAGUACAGCAACAGAAACAAAAAGCACAACAUUACCUAGGACAACAAAUCUAGCUUCCACAGCUGCAACAACUAUGACAACUGCACCAACUCCAUCAAAUACUAUAACUAUGACAAGAACUGUAUCAACCACAUCUGUACCCACAUCCACAGCCAUUGACACUACAACUACUGGCCUAUCUACAACACUGGAAGGAACAACUACUGCUAUAAGCAGUACAGCAACAGCAACAGAAACAAAAAGCACAACAUUAGCUGGGACAACAAAUCUUGUUUCCACUACCACAGCUGCAACAACUAUGACAACUCCCUCAACUACAACAAAUUCUAUUACUACCAUUAAAACCAUAUCACCCACAUCUAUCACCCUGAGCCACAGCGUUCGAUGCCAGUGCAGCUCGCGCAUCGAACACCUCGAUAAUAAAGUCGACCGUCUUCGCAAAGAUGUGUUCGCAGGUAUGGGCGGGCUGAGGCUCUGA